GCAGAAAACAUCGAUUAGGAGUGCAUAUCGACGAUACAAGCAGGAUUACCACUAAUUUGUACAUUAGCAGACGUAUAAUUGUGUGAUCUCUUCGAAGAAUUAUAUAAUAAUAUGCCAAUUCGCCCGUUAAUUCCUGAGUUAGCUGAAAAAGCUCGAUUGGAGCUAAAUGAAGAUCCAAAAAGAAUCGAAAGUGAUCUUCAGCAUCUUAAGGAAUGGAUCUCCAAACAACCUCAUUUAAAGGCAAGAACAGAUGACCAAUGGCUUAUAGUAUUUCUACGCGCAUGCAAACAUAGCCUUGAAAGAACUAAAGAAAAAUUGGACCUCUACUAUUCUAUGCGAACAUUGGCUCCAGAAUUUUUCCAACUUAAAAUUACAGAUGAUAAGUUUAAGGAGAUUUUGGAAUCGGGUUGUUUUGUUAUGCUACCAAAAUUAGCUGCAGUCGAUGGCCAGAGGGUUUGUAUAGCUCGACCAGGGGCUAUAAAUACAGACAAAUUCAACCUCCUGGAUUUCUUUGCUGUAUCAAAUGCUAUACAAACGAUAAUGCUGAUAGAAGAUGAUAAUACCGUUGUAUCAGGAAUACAAACUAUUUCGGAUUUGGAGGGAAUGAACAUGGGGCUCUUUUUACAAAUGACGCCAAGUGUGAUGAAGAAAAUGGCAGUUUUUUCACAGGAAGCGGCACCAAUGCGGUUCAAGAGCGGGCAUCAUGUGAAUGUUGGCAGCGGAUUUGAAAAGUUUUUUAAUGCCAUUAAAGUGUUCUUGAACGAGAAAACUAAAAGCAGACUUCACGUUCACAAUAAAAACUUUGAAGAAAUGUAUAAGACAAUCCCUAAGGAAAUAUUACCUGUAGAAUAUGGCGGUAACGGUGGAAGUAUUCCAGAGAUCGUUGAAUACUGGAAGAAGAAAAUCGAAGAAUAUAAAGAAUGGCUAAUAGAAGAUCAGCAACAUGGCACUGAUGAAAGCAAGAGACCAGGAAAGCCAAAGUCUGCUGAAGAAAUGUUUGGAGUAGAUGGAUCAUUCCGCCAGCUUGAAUUUGACUAAAUAAAACUAAAAUGCUUACUG